UAGACAGCGACGAUACGAGGCAGCUCGGGCCACCCUUCUUCUCGUGUAACGUAAAAACGAACUAGUUGUUUCAGAAGUUUAUUAAAACACGACAGCAGCAGUGAUAUGUAGUAAGGGUCGAGGUUGUGUUUUGUUAUCCGUUAGCUAAACUGUGUAUUUGGCCGGGACUUUGUUCAUGGACUCAUUAGACAGUGAAUGAUAUUAUAUUAUAUACAUAUACACAGUUAAUGUAAUAGCGUCCAGUACUACACCACCAUUAUGACCUCUGUACUAAAAGAUCCUAAAAUUCUAGUCAAAGUAGACAAUGGUGGAUGUUUUGGAUUUCCUGAUCGUGGCCACUGAAUGUAUAUGUUCCUUACGAUUUCCCCCUGACCCCUGUGAACUGGUUAUUUGCCCCCGUGUGCUCAAAGGUCCCAUUGCACAAAGGAUACUGUACUUUGUAGCUUCAUUAUUUAUUAGCCAGUUCUCUUAUGCACAUGAGUGACACUUAGUACAUGUUCUAAUACUGCAUUGUUGUGUGUGGGUCUUAGUCAUUCAUAUAAAUUACAGUCAAACUAAUUUUGAAUGGAAAUGUUUGUCCACUGAAUGUUGUGAAGCUCACAUUUCUGAAAGUUUGUUCUGUAAUAGCCUGAGAUAGAUAUGUCAUAAACACUUCAAUAUGUUAAUCUUCAGUAUCAGAAAACGGAAACAGCCAAUAAAAACCUAAAUGAUUGAACUAGGGCUGUUCACUCUUAGUUUGGUCGUUUUUCUCUCAGUGGACUAGCAGUAUAAGUCGAUUUUUUAUUAUUUGCUGAACGUCUUAUUUCCAAGAGAUGUUUGAGCAUAUUUCUGGUAUCUUUGUGGAUCAUUUACGUUAACAAAUAAAUGAGUCAACAAAAUUGAAUGUGUGUUUGUCAAACUAAGAAUCUUUUAGUCAAAGUGAACCCUACAUUAUACUCAGCAGUCGGUCUGACCUCUAUUUACAUAUAUUAUUUUAUUUUAUUCCCAUAUCAUUUUGUGCCUUUAUUAGAUAGUAAAGAAUUAAGAUCCAAUGCUACAAAGUUCACUGUGUAGACUCAAACUGGGAAUGAUGGGGUUACCCCAUGCUGUUACAUAUUUUAGAAGAGGCGCAUCCGCCACGAUUGGAAUCACAUUUUCAUUGUUGUUUAUUUGACUAAAAAGACAGCACUGGUGAGGGAGGAUGGGGCUCAACAUAAUAAUUAACUUUCUAAUUUGUAUUCCGUGGCUCUCCUUUUCACCAGGACUGGGUGGUUUCCUGCAGAGAGUUAUUUCUUUAAGAAGCUGUGGUCCCCCAAAAUCCCUACUGUGUGCCCAACGUCGGCACUUCUUCUGGAGGAAGUGGAACAGUUCUCACAAUGUAGUUCGUCCAGCUACUGUUAGGCCCGCCUAUGCAGUACCCAAGCACAUUGUGCAGCCUGACUAUGUGAGCCGUAGACUGGUCCCUGAAUGGCCAGACUACAUCGAGAUCAAAGACCAAGAGCAGAUCGAAGGUCUUGCCAGAGCCUGUCAGCUGGCCAGACAUGUGCUGCUACUAGCUGGACGCAGUCUGAGGGUUGGUAUGACAACGGAUGACAUCGACCUCAUCGUGCACCAAGAGACGAUCAAGCACAAUGCCUACCCAUCCCCUCUCAGAUACGGCGGUUUCCCCAAGUCAGUCUGUACAUCUGUGAACAACGUAGUCUGCCAUGGCAUACCUGACAGUCGGCCGCUUGAAGACGGAGAUAUCAUCAACGUUGAUGUCACGGUGUAUUUAGAUGGUUACCACGGAGACACUUCAGAAACCUUCUUGAUUGGCCAGGUGGACGAGGUCGGGCAGCGAUUGGUGGAAACUGCCAGGCGCUGCCGAGAUGAGGCCAUCGCUGCCUGCAAGCCGGGUGCACAGCUCUGUGUUAUAGGAAACACGAUCAGUGAAAUCGCCCACGCCAGUGGUUUUCAAGUGUGUCCUUAUUUCAUUGGACAUGGAAUAGGUUCUGACUUCCAUUGCCAUCCUGAGAUCUGGCACCAUGCUAACGACAAUGACAUGAGCAUGGAUGAAGGGAUGUCUUUCACGAUAGAGCCCAUACUGAUGGACGGGUCUGCAGAGUUUAGAAUCCUGAAGGACAAGUGGACCGCAGUGACUGCAGAUGAUAAAAGGUCAGCUCAGUUUGAACACACUGUGGUCAUCACGUCUGACGGAGUGGAUAUUCUCACUAAACUACCCGAAGAGAGCAAUCUGGUACCUGAAGGAAACUAACUGAAGUUCUGCUGACAUCUCUUUACCUCAAACUACCUGAGAUAACAAAACACUGUUUCAAGAACUUGAGUGGUGAUUCACCGAGACACACUCAAAACGAGUUUCUACCUGUGAAGUGUCUUGAAAGACUGAGCUGCUUCGACAGGAACAAGUGGCUUCUGGUGCAUCUAAUUGCUGAAGUAGAGAUCGAUGUAUAUCAUAUAUUUUUAUUAUAAGAGAUGCCGAUCUUCAUUAAAUUUCAGUCUGUUUUUUUGUUAACUUAUCAGCAGGUGACCAGUUUAGCCAGUUUAUUUAUUUUUUUCAGAUUUGUGUGAUCCUUUAUGACGACUAUGAACGCUUUAAUGUUGUACAUGCUAGCUCAAUUGUAUUUCUGCCACUCAAGAGAGACAAUAAAUUGUCCUACACAAU